GUAUAAAUAAAUAAUGAAUAAACUAAACUUUUCUGCAAUAGUUUUAAUUUCGAACUGAAAUAAAUAAUUGCUCCACUCAAUCCACAUAGGAUCAUUUAUGAGGGCCGCUGCGAAAAGUGGCUGUUAGCCGGUGCCGGUGUGUCCCCGCGUCGCGUCGUGGGUAUGGGCAUGGGCCAAACAUGGGUAAGGGUGAGGGAAGCCGUACGAAGACCGGAGCGAAGGGUGAAAAGGGAAGUCGAGUAGCGCGACGGCCUACAGGCGCAGCACGAGGGAGAAGAAGUCGGAAACGCGCGCAUAACCACCUGGCGUCGUGCCUUCCCCCAUUCAAUCCAGUAUCGACCGGCUGGCGAGUUACAAUUUUCGAGGAUACAAAUCGAAAUUCGGCCCGUCUAAAAGUCGAAACUCAGUACGGCACGGGGCACGGGGUGCCCAAUCGAACUCGAAAAUCGAAGCGAGUGCGAGCAUGCGAAUCGAGUAGCCUACUGACACCUAGUAACAAUCAUAAUGGUGGCAAAGAACCACGGGGAUGAUUUCGUGUUGUCGUCGACGUCGUCGUCGUCGCUCCCGUUCUCUUCGUCCUCAAUGUGUUUGCCGCCCCCUCGGGGCUCGUAAAACGAAACGGAAUCGCCAGGAAACCGGCGACGACGACGACGAAGACGUGCUCCUGUUUGCGUUGUUGUUCAGUGUUAGUGCGUCGUUCCCGAUUCUGUGCCCGUGUCCGGCGGUGGCGGCAACGGCGGCAAUCAAAGUCUCCUUGUUCCGAAAUUGUCCGUCAAAGUCAAGUGUCAGUGCCAUAGUUUUAUAUUUAUAUUUCCCCUCUCAUCAAAAUCGCGCCAGAUCCAACACCGGAUCACUACCUGGAUGCAACAACUCGGCAUGGCUGGUGGUGACACUUUCACUUCGGUGACGUCCUUAUGAUGGAAAAUAUUGGAAACAUGAUAGAACAGCAAGCAUUAGGUGAGCAAACGGUCGAUUCUCCAGAUAGUAGUGCGCAUGCGAUAAUAGCCGGUGGCAUGGAGACGCAGGUCGUCCGUAUGAGGCUCGUGUCACGCGCCGUGGUCGAAAGACGUCUCGUCAAACAAGAAGAGGCUGAUGGCCCUCUUUCCGUUAUUGUGCAACCUCAAGAAGAAUCCAGGGACUCGGAAUUACUCAGUCCCGGUAAGCUUAGUCCGGGGUCCGUCACCGUGGCUAAUAUGAUAGACAACAAUGAUUACCGCACCUUGAAUCCCGAACCUACUUACCAGACUCUAACCUCGGUGAACGGCAGAAUGUCGCCUCCAGUUUACAGCCCGAGUUCUUCUUAUGCCACGCUAACACCCUUACAACCUUUGCCGCCCAUAUCAACGAUGUCGGACAAGUUCGCGUACGGCCAUGCUAGUAACGUAACUGGAUCGUUUACCGUCAUGCAAAACAACACUAUCAGCAGCAUUAAUUUGGGCCUGGGAGUUAAUGCUACCACUCCAUAUACGAUGACUAACAUGGGUAUGACUCCACCGCACAACUACUCUUCGCCUGGCAUGGGUAUGCAACAACAAUCUUCUCCUAUCAGCCCCCAAAGUACGUACAGCCAAAACGGAUUACCGUCGCCUCAGAAAAGUAUGUCACCUCCUAGUUACGAUUCCCCUUAUGGUAACCAGCGGGACAUGGUGCCGCGGUUACACAGCCCACAGUUAAGUCCGCCCUCCGCGUCUUUGAACUCACCUGACGGUACCCUAGUUACCAGUUUUAGUUCUACUACCCUAAAUGGACUCGGUUUACAAAAUCACCCUCCUACCUUAGUGCAGAUUGCUCCACAGCAAAGAGACUGUUCCCCAUCACCUCCUGUGGUUACACUGCAAAGUUCGCAGGUAUCUCAACAGCAACAGUCAAUGCAGAUCACCACCAAAACAUCUAGUACUGGUUCGCUCAGUGUUCCUGCGAUAGCAGCAGACGUGGAGGAGAUCAACACCAAAGAACUAGCUCAAAGGAUAAGCGCUGAAUUGAAACGGUAUAGCAUCCCACAGGCUAUUUUCGCCCAAAGGGUGCUGUGUCGAUCGCAAGGAACCCUUUCUGAUCUCUUGAGGAAUCCAAAGCCUUGGUCGAAACUGAAGUCCGGUAGAGAGACCUUCAGGAGAAUGUGGAAAUGGUUACAGGAACCCGAGUUUCAACGGAUGUCCGCUCUCAGGCUAGCAGCUGCGCAGAUACCCCAACGAGGCACUGCGCAGAUUCCUCAACGGGGCAUGUUUUAUGUUGCAGGUUGCAAACGGAAAGAGGACCCUGUCACGAACCAAGAGCAACUCCCUACCCCCAAGAAACCGAGAUUAGUUUUUACAGACCUCCAACGUCGUACUCUUCAAGCUAUUUUUAAGGAAACCAAGAGGCCAUCGAAAGAAAUGCAAGUAACGAUAGCAAGGCAACUUGGACUCGAGCCCACGACAGUGGGCAACUUCUUUAUGAACGCGAGAAGGCGAUCGAUGGACAAAUGGAAAGACGAGGAUCCGAAAUCUUCUCAAGCUCUCCUCCACCAGCAGAUGUCGCCUGGAAUGGACCAGGACGAUUUAGAUCAAGACGGAGAUAUGGACAAUGAUAUGGACGAUCAUGAUGAUGUCUUGUGACAUGCAUUACGAGAUCGACAGUUGUUAUUGCUGUGACACUUUGUUUAAGUGUAGCGUUGUCUAGGACAAUUAGCAUAGUGUAGAUUCACCAAUUGUGUAUUUGACCUACAGGUUUCUUUUUUCAUUUGUUUUCUUUUUUUGCGGCAAAACAAAUAUUCUAUUAUACAAGACAAUCCAAAUGUAUCACUUUAAUUGAUUUUGUGAUGUGUGUUGGCUUCCAGAGGCAUAUUUUAAACAAAUUUUGUAAAAUGACAGGUUUUCGUGUCAAAUUGUACCGUAUUUCUAUAUUUAAUAAAAAUAUGGAACAAAAAAAAAGAUAACUUUGUG